CAGCGCAACAGAAAGCAGCAGCUGGGGGGAACUGGCCGUGGUGCUGAAGCGCUCCCCGCAGAGGCUGCCCAUUGUGCUUGAACGACAGAGGGGCGGAACGCGGAGAGCGUUGGCACAGAGCUGUCCCUGAGCCUGAAGGUGUCUUGUCAACGGCAGCCGGGAGCUGUUUUCACUUCCUACUCCGUCAGCUCAGCUGCUUCGGAAGAAGAAGAGCCGAUGGAACCUGGGUUCGAUUUGCAGUCUGGCCGUGACGGAGAGCUCUAUUGCCAAGAUAGUGCUUAUGGAUCAUCUGUUUUAGACACAGACACGGAAGAGGGUCACACGCCUUCCUCCAACAAUAUCAUCUACUACAAUGAAGAACUGCUGCAUAAGACUAUCCUGGUCGGUGACAGUGGAGUUGGAAAGACAUCAUUAUUGGUACAGUUUGAUCAAGGGAAGUUCAUUCCAGGAUCAUUCUCUGCUACAGUGGGAAUUGGAUUCACAGUCAUGUUAAUUGGAGACUCUGGCGUGGGCAAGACUUGCUUCCUGGUCCAGUUCAAAGAUCAUGCUUUUUUAGCGGGAAACUUCAUCGCCACAGUUGGAAUAGACUUCAGGAAUAAGGUGGUGGUUGUGGAUGGGGUCAAAGUCAAGCUACAGAUCUGGGACACAGCUGGGCAAGAGAGGUUUCGCAGUGUCACUCAUGCUUACUACAGAGACGCUCAAGCACUGCUGCUGCUGUAUGAUAUCACGAGCAAGUCAUCGUUUGACAACAUCAGGGCCUGGUUAACCGAGGUACACGAAUAUGCACAACAGGAUGUGGUCAUCAUGUUGCUAGGUAACAAGGCUGACAUAACCAGUGAGAGAGCUAUCAAGAGAGAAGAAGGCGAGAAAUUGGCCAGGGAAUAUGGAGUUCCUUUCAUAGAGACCAGUGCCAAAACUGGUAUCAAUGUUGAGCUGGCAUUUCUGGCUGUGGCUAAGGAGCUGAAACACAGAUCUGUCAAUCAACCCAACGAACCCAAAUUCCGAAUCGAUGAGUACAUCGAAUCUCAGCGGGAAAAAUCCAGCUGUUGUGGCUUUGAAUAAGGAGCUGUUCUGAUUGGAGGACUCAGGGCUCAGAGUAGCAAUCGGCUUAAUUGAUUGGCUCUGAAAGAUUAGUGAAACAUGCACUAUUUGUAUAUUGGAAAUCAUGCUCAGCAGUGUAUUCAUCCUGUAGCCAUCCUGUGCAAACCCCGUAUCCAUCUUAUACCUGUACCCAUCCUUUCCCAGCUUGUACCUGUUGGUAGUACUUAGUACCCUUCUGUAACCAUCGUAUACCCAUCUUUACCUGUCAUGUAACCAUCCUAUACCCAUCCUUUACCUGUCCUGUAAUCAUCCGAUACCCGUCCUUUACCUGUCCUGUAACCAUCAUAUACCCAUCUUUACCUGUCCGGUAACCAUCCUAUACCCAUCCUUUACCUGUCCUGUAACCAUCCUAUACCCAUCCUCUACCCGUCCUUUACCUGUCCUGUAACCAUCCUAUACCUGUCCUGUAACCAUUCUAUACCCAUCCUAUACCUGACCUGUAAUCAUCCUAUCCCCAUCCUUUACCUGUCCUGUAACCAUCCUAUACCUGUCCUGUAACCAUCCUAUACUCAUCCUGUGCAAACCCAUAUCCAUCUUAUAUCCACCCUGUACCCAUCCUUUCCCAGCCUGUACCUGUCAGUAGUGCAUAGUACCUUCUGUAACCAUCUUGUACCUGACUCAUAUCUAUCCCUCCAACCUGCAUUUGUGCCCCAUCCUGCAUCUAUCCAUGCCUACUUCAUAUUGGUCCUGUUUUACAAGUCUAAAUUAUCUGUACCCAUCCUAUACCAGUCCCACCCUGUGCCCAUACCUAUCCAAUACUCUUUUCCAUCCUGUAGACAUCACACUCUUUGAUGACCAUUCCUGCCCCAUAAUUAUAUCUAUACCAUUCCUCUACGACAUUCCAUACCCAAAUCCUAUAUUUAUCCCUGGUUGAUAUGCUUUCUGUGCCUGUCCAUUCUGUACCUGUACCAUGUGAUGUGACAUCCACAACACAAAACAGUUUCUCUGUUAGUGGGACAUCUGCAACUCCCCUGGGAUUCUAAGAGACUCUGAAUCCAGCAAACUCUCUAGCAUGCUGAUUGGACAGCUUGCUGGAGAUAAGCAGGAUCCACAGGUUGUCCUGCAAUGGAAAUUGUUAUGACAGACUUCUCUUGAAUGGUUCUUGGUAUUUUAUCCCCUUCUGAUAUCACCUCAAUUCAGGUAAGCAGUUGGAUGCAGCUCAUACCUCUUGUCUGCACAGUUACCAGCUCUGUUAUAGGCAAAAUACUGACCAUGAUGUCUCAAAACCAGGCCCUAUUACUCUACCAGCUCCCUUAACCUACCACCUCCUAGCCUCACCACUUCCACAUUAACCCACCUACUGUGCUCCCAAGGAGCCCACUACAUGGAGCCUAAGGGCACUUGGAACAGACCAGCAGGUACUUCCAUGGGUAUCAGGUGCCCUGUCACUGACCCUGCAGGUCUGAGGGGGAGGUUGCUGUCAGCUCAAAGUCCUAUCCAGUCCCUGGCUUUACUCAGCUCUCUCUCCAAACCCUCGCCUGACUGCUCCUCUGACCCAUUACCUUCCUCUAGAGUUGUUUAUAACUGAAGCCUUGGAGUUUCACCAAAUUAUUGGGGGAAGGACCCUUACCGCAUGAACUGGAUGGUCCAGCUGGAGAGAUCCAAGGAUGAUAGUUUGCACUCCAUACUUGACAAUGCCCCUCACGAUGGAUCUCCAGUCUCGAGAGGAAAGCAGUGUGGAUUGAUUGGCAUCAAGGGAUAGAAAAUAUUAGUAUUUGGGGAGAUGAUAAGCCAUAAUCUAAUUAAAAGGUACAGCAAGCUGGAAGGACUGAACGGCCUACGCCUGAUCCUUCCUGUGUUCAUGUUCAUCUGAAUGAUACUGGGUCUCAAAUAGUUACAUUAUGUCUGCUUUGGACUAGCCAUAUAAUCCCCUGAAUGCGGCAGACAGAAUUAUCAGUGACCUUAUCAAGAUGUUUAAAAAAUUAAAACAAUAAAUGGAGAGAAAGUGUUUCUUCUUUCUUGGGGUGAUUCCAGAACAAGGGAGGACAAUCUUCAGAUUUGAGUCAGCUUGGUCAGGGAUGAUGGCAGGAAGCAUUCCUUCACACAGAGGGGAGGUGGAAAUUUGAAACCCACUCUCCCAAAACGCUGUGGAGGCUGGAGACAGGGGCAGGGCUCAACCGAAAACUUCAAACUGGGAAUGAUUUUUGUGAGGCAAGGUCAAAGUGGCAUUAAGCUUUAGAUCAGCCAUCACAGACUUGAGGGGCUGAAUGGAUUCCUUCUGUUCCACACAGCCUGAAAGUCCAGUCUUCACUUGCUGCCCACUUCUCCUUCCUCACAGACACAUACAGACAGCACUGGCCACUGGGUACCAAACUGUGUGAAUGUGGAGCAGCUUAAUUCAGAGACUUUCCCCUCUGCCCCUGUUUGUGUGGAAUGUAGACUGAUGUGCACUGACCACAGUACAAUGUAACCCUUCCCAUCUCCAACUCUCUUCCCAACUACCAUUCCAUCCCCAUGUUCAGUGUUAAUGAAAGCUGUGCAGAGACCAUGAUGUACUGUGCAAACCAUGGCCAGCAGACAGUCCAGAUGCCAUCUUUCUGUGCCCUCCUGUUAUGCCAUGUUAUUUUUUUUAAGCAUGAUUUUAAAUACAGUCACAUUUGUUUCCUUCUGGAUGGCGGGGGGAGGUACAGGUCAGCUGAUAGACAUUUUAUACAUAUCUCCAAUUGCAGCUUUUUAAUCUUGAGAUGAAAUUGUACAUAAAAAACAUGUUUGCUUUGUACUGGGUAAUGAGAUUACUGUUCUGAUGUGUUAUUUGUUUUAGUGGAAGUUUUCUCAGUUGUGUAGCUUUUGGAAAACUUAAUUGUGCCUAUGACAGAAAUUGAUGUAUUAAGAGUUUCCAGGCAAGUGUCCUUUGACUUAUUUAUGCCAAAAAUGGAGGUGUCCCUCAUAUGAGCAAUGUUAGCCCAUCCUUGGCAUCUCCCCAGUGUCACAGAAGAGUCCGACUCUAUGACGUGGUUUAUCAGCCUCACUUUACCCUUCCCCCAUCAAUCAUUCUUCUGCUAUUUGAGCCUUCAAUCGUGCCAAACUCACACCUAACUCCUGAUGUCAGGGGUCCGCUAAAGGAGCUUCAUGUCAUUCUGUCACUCCUGUCCUGGUCCACAGCUAAGUUUAAGUUUUGACAGUUCAUCCAUGAAGAAAACUACUUCAAGUGAUCGAGGUCUGGAAACCAGAGAACACAGAUUCAAGGUAUUGACAAAAGACUAAAGAGACAAGAAUUUCUCUUUCAUGCAGUGACUCACAAUGAUCUGGAAUAAACUGUGUAAAAGGA